AUCACAGCAUUCAAUGAAACCAUUAACUGAGGAAACGCUAUCUGACUGAAAGCUUGCUAACUUAAAAGAUGUGUGCACACAUUUGAGUGUAGGUUACGAAUAAUUUACAGAACAACGAACAUUAUAACGGCUGUGUCUCAAUUCAUGGGCCUUUGUAGGCCGAUUACGUCACGGCGGCCGCGACAGGGGUGACCCAUUUCGGCGACUCCUUGAGAUCCAGCCAACAAAUGCGGUCUUCUUUUGCCAGAUUUGCAGGACACGUUCUGUUAUGUGGCGCCAUCUUGCGGAAGCAGCCAUAAUUGCUGAAUCUUGUUUCCAUAGCAACAGUUGUUAGUAUAGCGCUGUCAGUCACAGGUGGCCAGCUUCUUUUGCGGAAUAUGGCUUCAAACGUUUACCAACUGCCAGUCGGUGGACACUGUAAGGUGAUAAAUUAGACCAACGUUUGUAGAGAAAUUAUGGCUGGAAAAGGAAAUUUGGUUAAACUGGACGUCGGUGUAUUAAACGCUGAGCAGCAAGAGAAACUGCGACAGUUCAAGAUCAAGACGAGAAUCGACAACGAGAAGUAUUUGAGAUCACAUCCAGAAGUAGAGGUAUUGGUAGGCGACUUUCUAAGAGAUGUGCUUCUUAAAAAACCCGCUGACAUCCAGGAGUUUGCUUCAGAUCACUUCACCAACCCAAACCUUCAUGCAGUUAUCGGCUCCAACGUGGAAGGAAACAUGGAGUGAAACACGGCCAACAGUGACGGUGCUUCUCCUUUGUGUCUCCUCUGUACAGUGCAACACAUAUGUCUGGACUCUAUUUUAGUAUCAACAAAGACAAGAAUACAUUUGCGUCAGUCCGCUUAUUGUUCGGUUGAUAGUGUUAUUGUCAGAUUUCCAAUCAUACACAUGCAGGAAGCCAGCUAAUAAGGAAGAUGGUACCUAAUGAAUGAGAUUAAAGGUUAAUGAGAAGAGGAUGUCCUGUGGGUGUUACACAUACAUUGCACUGUGCCGUUUGUCACAUCACCAACAUGAUUAUGAAGGCUGGUUUGUAUUUACUGAUUGCAGCUACCUUUUCCCACCAGAACCAUGAGAGUCUGUGUGGUCUGCAUUGAUCUGGAUAUGGAGCAGUCAAGAUAUAAUAUUGACUUCACUCAUUUAUUUCAUGGGGUUGCUGCAAACAGUUGUUUGUUCUCUUUCUUUUUUUAAACCUUCGUCCUCUCAAAUUCUUUCACUUUUUUUUUGUCAUCUCCUUUUCCUUCUACAUUUAAAGAAGACAUUUUACUGACUCUGAAUUUCUAGAGAUAAAUGUGUUAUUUUGUAUUGAACUCCAUUGUUGUUGUAUUUAUAUUACACCUAAACCUACUUCUGCAAUAGCCUUAAUAUUCAAUGUGCUCGGCUUCACCGCUCCGUAUACGAGAGCUGCUGUUUUAUUUUGGCCCGCUCUCUCCAUGGAGAUUUGUACUGUGUGUUUAUCUUUCCUUCGCUUGUUAGUUUUUUUUUUGCUCUGUCAUUUUAUUUGGAUAAUGCAGUCCUGUAUCUGGUUGUGGUGUACGUGGAUUUUAUCAGCCCAUCGAUCCUUUAUAGCUUUCAUUGGAAUGAUGUAUGAUCUGAUGAAUAAUCAUCACAUCCUGUUAUCAAACCUCAGUAAUAAACAUACACUCAAGCCUCAUUCCUUUAUGAUCUAUUGUCAGCUUGUCACUUGUGUCAGAUUUGUUUGUUUGUA